AGCCAAAGCUGCUCGGUGAUUAUUUUAGCGAUAACUUCCUGUUUCCUGUUCCAUCCGCGGCUGAGAGCGCGACGGGGUCCGGAGGUGGGGAGGCGAAGACUUGUCUGUCUCUCAUAUUUCUGGCAAAUCAUUUGCUUACUUUGGUCCCGUCAGGUAGCAAGGAGAGAAUAAUGGAUAAACACAAGGUGAAGAGGCAACGUUUGGAUCGAAUCUGUGAAGGUAUUCGACCACCAAUUUUGAAUGGUCCCAUGCCUGCCCGUCCUCUGGUGGCCCUUCUGGAUGGGCGGGACUGCACAGUUGAGAUGCCUGUAUUGAAGGAUGUUGCUACAGUUGCAUUUUGUGAUGCUCAGUCAACACAGGAAAUACAUGAGAAAGUGUUAAGUGAAGCUGUGGGCGCUUUAAUGUAUCACACAAUUUCGCUUUCCCGUGAGGACCUUGAAAAAUUUAAGGCCCUUCGUAUUAUCAUAAGGAUUGGAAGUGGAUAUGAUAAUAUUGAUAUUAAGUCAGCUGCUGAGUUAGGGAUUGCUGUAUGCAACAUUCCCGCUUCCUCUGUGGAGGAGACAGCUGAUUCAACUCUAUGCCAUAUAUUGAAUCUGUACCGACGUGUCACAUGGCUACACCAAGCGAUGAGAGAGGGGAACCGCCCAGCAAGUGUGGAGCAGAUCAGAGAAGUUGCUGGGGGAGCAGCCAGAAUUCGUGGAGAGACCUUAGGCAUCAUAGGGCUUGGUCGGAUAGGGCAAGCUGUGGCUUUGCGUGCCAAAGCAUUUAAUUUCACAGUCAUAUUUUAUGACCCUUACUUACCGGAUGGAGUUGAACGCUCUCUAGGUUUGCAGAGGAUGGCGACCCUUCAGGAGCUAUUAAUGCACAGUGACUGCAUAACAUUGCACUGUAGUCUGAAUGAGCAUAAUCAUCACCUUAUUAAUGACUUCACUAUAAAGCAGAUGCGCCAAGGUUGCUUCUUGGUGAAUACAGCUCGUGGAGGGCUGGUUGAUGAGAAGGCAUUGGCUCAAGCCUUAAAAGAUGGACGAAUCCGUGGGGCUGCUUUAGAUGUUCAUGAAUCUGAACCAUUUAGUUUUUCUCAGGGACCCCUGAAAGAUGCUCCAAAUUUGAUAUGCACCCCUCACUCUGCUUGGUAUAGUGAGCAUGCUUCAAUUGAAGCCAGAGAAGAGGCAGCUAAGGAAAUUCGAAGGGCUAUAGCAGGUCCAAUUCCAGAUGCUUUGCGAAACUGUGUAAAUAAGGAAUAUUUGCUAGCAGCUGUGCAGUGGUCAGGGAUGGAACAGGCUGCCGUUCAUCCUGAACUUAAUGGGGCUUCAAGUUACAGAUUUCCCCCAGGAGUUGUGGGUGUAACAACCACCGGACACCCAUCUGCAAUAGAAGGGCUGGUUGCCUCCUCGCAUCCUCUCAUACCUUCUGUCUCUCACACCCCUUCUCCUGGACAAACCAGCAAACCUGACCCAGACAGAGAAAUUCCUACUGAUCAGUAGCAGAUUAGCUCUACUUUCUGACUCCCGUACCCUUCCCUUUCUCCUGAACUGCCCCUGCCCAUUUUUUUUCCUCCUUUAUUUUUAUCCAAAUUACCACUCCCAUAUUUAUACUGUCUCCCAUUCACUUUGAGGGAGAGAAGGAAUCCAGGUCUUUUCAGCAACUUUACUGUGGUGAAGAAUGGAAUCAUGCUGCAAACCCUGAGGUGCAUCAUCUCUCCUAACAACGGAAAGGAGAAAGUUCUUAUCAGUUUCUGGAAACCUUUAGAUAUUGCCUUUCAACAGAUAAUAUUUUUUAAUCUAUUUAGUUUUAAUUAAAAUACAAUACGGGUGGGUUAUACUUCUUUCUGUGUGCUGGGGCAGGCUGAUCUAAUCUGCUUCCACUAGUUUUGGGAUGUCCAUCCUGUUGCCCUUUGCUGUACUGCAUAUCUCAGAAUUCUUUCAAGUUGAAGUUUGGGAUUUAUAGUUCAACUGUUAGCAAACCACUGUUUGGACAUCCCUCAGCUAAUAAAAGACAGGCUCGGUUGUCUCAGGGAGCUUGAGGCAUGGCCAAUUUUAACAGUAACAGCUGUCUACUUGUCCAAAAUGUACUUUAGCCAUUUCACUCAAUUGUUUUACUCUGGCCUUUCUGUACGAGUUGUUGUUGUUCUCCUCUGGGUUAUUUAUCCAUAGCCAUUAAAAUUCAGUUUAUUUAUUGCUA